CGUCAAUUCAUAAUGUCUAUGCAAUCAACAAUUCCUCCACCUCCGCAAGAUCCAGAAUUGCAACGAAUAAUCGAUUCAACGGCAGAAUUUGUUGCCAAAAAUGGCCCUGCAUCUGAAGAAGUUGUUAGACAACAAAACAGAAAUGAUCCCCGAUAUGUUUUUCUGUUCGGAGGGGAAUUCUUUGACUACUACAAAUAUAGAUUGCUGUUUGAAAUACAAAAUUUACAAGUAAUUGCUCAAAUACCUCCACCAACAACGAAGAAUUCGUUGGAAUUUGAAUUAAAAAAUGCAGAAGAACAAAUAACUUGUCUUAGGAAGCAAAUAAUUGAUUCCGAAUCUAAUUUAAAAGCACACGAGAUGGCACUGAAUUCUCAAAGACAGUCAAAAAUUGAUGUUUUAUGGAGAGCAAAAGAGGAUAAACGCAUUGAUGAUUUGGUCAAACAAGUUGGACUAAAUAUCUCAUCUUUUGACAAAUGUUUGGAACGGCUACAAGAAUCCGGCUCCAAAGAUACAAUUUCGAACAGUAAAAAAUGGAUUUUCGACAAUUGUAGUAGUGAUCGUUUGCGAGAAAUUAUUCUUACUUAUCUUCUGCACAGAGUGCGGGAACGUACAGCAACCGAUGCGUUUAGACUUCAUGUUCUUUACUUAAUUAAUGAUUGGGCACAUUAUUGUCAUCGCAAGAAAUUGGACAGCAUCCGUCAAAUGCUUUCACGUUAUGUGCCCAAACUUUACGCUUAUGCUAGUAAUAAUGCUGGGACAAUAAACGCUUUUAGUGAGAAAUUAGAAAAAUUAGUUGGUGUUUGGGAAGGACAUAAAUACUUUGAUGAUAGUUGUUUCAAGCAAUUACGAAAUCCUGUCGCUGUUAUAGCCACAGAACAGGCAACUGUGGCUGCAUAUCAAUCACAGUUGGCAAUUGAAGUGGAUAAAGAAAUUGGUGAAACACUUGGGAGUUAUGCAAAACAACAUAAAGAAUAUGAGCAACAUGUUUUGACGAAAAUUGCAACAAUGGAGACACAAAUGAGGGAGAUUAAAGAUAGAAUAGAAGCUGAAAAUAUAAGACAAAAAGAAGAAGAAUAUGGCACAGAAAGAAGACGUUCUCGUUUUGAUCAACAACAACCUAAUAAAAUCCCUUCAUUAUUCGAAUCUACCAAUUCACCAUCUAAAAAACCAUUGGGAAUACCUUUGCCAAAAGGAGGGCCUCCUCCUUCAAUGCCUGCUGGAUCAAACUUUCCACCUCCUCGUUCACAACCUCCACCCCCUCCUCAACCUCCAGCUUUGGAUUUGACACCAAAAGUGCCAUACUAUGAAUUGCCUGCUGGAAUGAUUGUUCCACUCGUUAAAAUGGAGGAUGUUACGUAUAACCCGCUAAAAGAGAAGGAUUUGCGUCUUCCUCACCCCGACCCUCCCAGCGAUAGUUUACUUCGAGAAAUUGACCGUUUCUACAGCGCCCUGCAAUUUCCUCCUCCUAUUGAUUGUAUUAGAGAUAAUGAGGGUUGGGAGAUGAAUGGACUUGUUGAACAUUAUGUAAAGAAGGAGGAUCAUAAAAAGAAGCUUGAGCUUAAAAUGAAGGAAGAGGGAAAGACUUUGGAAGAUGCUUUUACCAAUAAAUACAUUCCGCCUAAGACGCCCCCGAAAUCCUCGAAAUCUCCGCCAAGACAUGAAAAAAAUAAUGGAAGACCUAAUAGAAGUCGAAGGAGAACUCGUUCUAGAAGCCGAAGUUCGUCUUCAUCAUCAAGCAGUAGCAGUAGAAGUUCAUCUUCAAGUUCAAGCAGUAGCCGUAGCCCUUCUCCUAGAAGAAGAAGAAAAUCGAGAAGUGCAAGUCCUGUCAUAAAAAGAAUUAAGCGUUCUCGCAGUCCAACACCAGAUGAAAGACCAACGUUUGCCGUGCCAGUUGGACCAGCCCCACGUACUUCAAUUUCCUUCAAAAUCCCUCCUCAACCUAUAAAUCGUGAAACAAAUAAAGGGGCCCAAUUAAUGGCAAAAAUGGGAUGGGAAGGUAAAGGACUUGGGACUAAAGAACAGGGAAUUGAGGAGCCAGUAAGUGGAGGAGAAGUAAGAGAAAAAACGGAGCAAUUUAGAGGGCUUGGAUCAAAACCUGACAUUUAUGAGCAAUAUCGAAAACAAAUGAGUACACAAAUGGCAAGAAGGAUACACAAAUUGAAUUAG